AUGCUUUCCGCACUCGAUUCCAGUUACUUAAUGCCGAUUGAUUCGUCCACGACGGUUGAGGUACAACUCCGCACUAUUUCACGUCGUGAGGGAAACAUCUCGAAGGCAAGGAAUGGAAUCAAAGAAGCCGUCGAAAUCCUUCGAAAACGCUACCAGUCCUUGUUGUUCUUUGCGCAGUCUCAAGAGGACCCAACACAAAUCAAUAGCGAUAUCGAUCAGUUUUGGACGGAGAUACAAGGCGAAAAGCUCAUCGACGAUGCGCAGGAGACCAUACUAUCUCUCGACACGCAACUCAUUAUGGAUCAGAACAUCCAAGCUUCACUCCUGUCUCAGCUCAAUAACGAUAUGGUUACCACCACAGCAACAUUGGCUGUCACGGAUGCAUCACGUCAGACCAACGAUCUACCGUCUCACGAGAACCAGGAUUGUCAUCAGCGAUCAAGAACCAGCUCUUCAUCUCAGGAAGUCCCCCCUUCAAUUUUACAACCAAUUCAACUUCGGCCGAUAGAGCUACCAACCUUCGACGGUGAUACAGCGCAAUUCCACGACUUCUGGUGCAGGUUCAAGACCGCAGUCCACGACAAUGACACUCUCUCGUUGCCGACCAAGUUUAUCUACCUGACGAACUCGCUCAGAGGAAGCGCCGCGUUGAUAGUUCAAGGCUACGACUUGUCAAAGCCUGAGAAUUAUCAUCUAGCAAUCCACGCGCUCAGAAGACGAUACGACCGUCCGCAGUUCACUCAUAACUUAUUCCAUCAUAAACUUGAGCAACUUCAGAUGUCAACGUCGUCAGCAUCGACUCAACGUGAUACACUUUGCCAGAUUCAGUCGUUCGUCUCGCAAAUCAACCGCUACGAAGACACUAGUACCUCAUUGGCUCUCAUGAAGUUGAUUCGAAGCAAGUUCCCUAAGGAAACCCAAUUGGAAGUGAACAGAUUGGAGCAUCGAUCGGGCAAAACAUGGACCUUACCAGAACUCCUGGACGGACUGAACGAAGUGAUUGAGGAGUAUGAGAAGCUGGACGACUAUACAGUAGAUCAACCCAGCUCAGCAGUUCAUGCCAAUCCUGUCACUACCAUCCGCUCUCGAUCACCAACGCCUGAGCCGCGCCUACAACAAUUUCUCACUGAUCACAAACCCAACUCAUAUCAACAAAAUAUCAAUUCUGUUCCCCGCCUUAACCAUCUAAACAUCACCGGUAUCACAAAAGAUCCAGAUCCGUCAUUAGCUCGACCAACAGGAUGCCUCAAGAUCCCUACGGUCAGUGGACCUAUUCGCACGCUGUCAGAAGCUUACGCCAAGACACUCCGACCCGCUAUAGUUCCAUUCUACGCUACGGCAUCGCAUCUCCCGUGUGCAGUUCCACCUUCUAUGCCGUACUACAUCUCCGAUGAAGAAGUGAAGGACAAUGUCUACGCUGAUAACACCAUAUUGUGA